AUGAAUAAAUUAUUUUUCUUUUUUUUUUUUGUUAAUUUGUUUCUGUCUAAAAGUCUUUGUGAAAAAACAGAAAUAUUACCUUUAGGUGAUAUUUUAUCUGGAGUUGCAGAUAUAGCAAAUGUAGUAUCUGGUAAAAAUGAAAAUGUGACCAAUGUUGUUUCAGAAUCUACACCAAAAAUAAACUUGAAAAUAGUACCAUCAAAAAAACUACACAUCACUAAGAAUGAUAUGAUGUUUCUAUUAUCAGAACUUCGCCAAGAAAUAGGAAGACAAAUUAGUAUAUUAGAAGAUGAGCUUGAGGAAAAAGAAAGAAUGAAGCAGAGGUCUGCUUCUUUAUGGGCAACCAGUCAUUCACCAGUUUAUGUUCCACAAGAAAAUAAUCAAACAGAAGAGAUAAAUAAUAUAAAUGAUGAAGAUAAAGAAGAAAUUGAAGAUUUGUUAGACUCUUUAAAUAAGAUUAGCAACGACGAAAAUAUAAAGGAAAAAGGAAAUUUAACAUAUAAUAUAGAAAUACGUGAUAAAAAGAAUUUCGAUGAAAAGGAGACUUCAGAUAAUGUUAUGCACUUUAGGCAAAAAACUUUGAGGAAUGGUCCAAUAACAAAAUAG